ACAUUUUCAUCGUAUCGCUGGUUUUACCUGCCUUCAGAAUCAUGAAAUCACUUUGGCUAGUUUAAGAUUUUAUUUUAUUUUGUGUAACCCUUCCGGAAAUCUAGGACCUUUGUAUCAAGAAAGUUCAAAACCAGUAAACCACAGAGGCUUGUAUGUAUAUUAUGUAAUGUACCUAAACAUUUUGUUUGUUUCAUAUUUUCAUACAGCGCACAUCAAUUUGGCGUUCUUUCUCGAAGAGGAGGACACAGAAAACGAAAAGACCUACCCGAGGUUCAUUUACUUUCCUGAUGGUGAUGGCAACUUAGUCAAAGUUGAUUUGGAAGCUAAGCCUGAACAUGAACUCCUGCGGGAAUGCGAAAAAGAUCCCCAUGUUGGGAACCUGUACCUGCUUUAUACUUGUAAUAACAAUAAAACAGCCCAGAUAUUAGUCAUGAAUAAUGCAUCUUCGAUCAAAAAAUCGAACUACAACCCAUCUGUUCCUUCCGUGGUGAUCGUUCAUGGAUACAUUACCAACAGGAAUUCUAUGAUCAACAUGGUACUCAGAGACGCGUUUCUGGGACGGAGCGAUGUCAACGUUAUCGUCUUGGACUGGAGUCGCUAUGCAUAUUCUUUAUACACCACCGCAGUCCGAGUCAUCCCAUUCCUUGGUCGUGGCUUGGCAUAUUUCCUCAGAUUCCUCAUCAGCACCACUGGUGGAAGCUUGAACAACGUCCAUCUGGUUGGAUUCAGUCUUGGUGCUCACUUGGUAGGUAAUGCUGGCAGGGAGCUGUAUGGAGAAAUAGCCCGUAUCACAGGUAAUAAUAGGGUAAUUGACAUACUUUUUUGGGCCGUCAAAACGAGACUCUCCCGGUGUUUUAUGGCAGAGGAUUAUGACGUCAAAAACGUAAACGCUCUUAAUGGUGCCAACUUUGUUUAUAUCCAAAGAUCUCAACAUUUUCCUUUCAAGCCCAAUGCAGGCUUAAUAAAUGUUAAUAAUGUUACAGCGCUUGACCCAGCUGGACCUCUAUGGACCAAAAACGCGCAAAGGAUUAACCGUUACGAUGCUGUAUAUGUCGAAGCUAUCCACACUUGCGGUGGCAGCACUGGCCUAGGCCUAGGCUUGCCUAUCGCUCAGGCUGACUUCUUCCCCAAUGGUGGCGUCUCACAGCCUGGUUGCCAUGACCCUGUCUGUGACCAUACCCGAGCCUGGCAGCUGUUUGCCGCAACUGUCACUUACGACCAUUUGACUGCCAACCGAUGCAAAUGUCGUAGUCAAAUACAUAUUAACAAGUGCUGUGGUACUACAAUGAAAAUGGGAAAUGAUGAUCUUAACAAGCACGGAGUUGGUUACUACCGCGUAGACACAGCAAUGAGUUAUCCAUACAAUGAAACGUACUAA